AUGACAUUUAGAGGUGAUUUGGCACCUGACAACCAGACGAUAUUGCAGAUGAGCAAGCUCCUCAGCAACAUCUUGGCUCUGUUCUAUCUGGAACAGAGCUGGCAUCUCACAGUGCACCAGUUUUUUACCAACCACAGGGGAUGCGUCAUCCAGAAGACAGAGGUUCACCAUGUCAGCGGAGUACCCCAGACAGUGACUUGGAGGUGCAGCAAGUAG